GUCAAAUAACGAUAUCCAACGUCUGCCGUCAGAUGUUUUUAACAAUGUUACUCAGCUAAAAAAGCUCUUUUUGUCCAAUAACAAGCUUCGGCAAUUGCCAAGUUUCAACAAUCUUACUCAACUGACAACAUUAUACAUGAGUAACAACAGCCUCUCAACUCUGGCACAUGAUCAGUUCCAGGGAUUGUCUAAUCUAACACACUUAGCUGCUUCUGACAACAAAAUCCAGUAUCUGCCACCAAGAGUUUUUGAAGGCGCCAAAAACUUGAAGUCUAUGAGCUUUCAUCUCAACAACAUCCCUAGCGUGUCUAAUGUACUAUUUGAAGAUGUCGCGCCAAGCAUUCGAUUCAUGUACUUUCAUUACAACGAAAUGCGAGUAUUACCUGAGGGUUUCUUCGCGAACAUGGAGAAACUGAUAACAGUGACUGUAGACACCAAUCUGAUGUGCUGUCAUUUGACCAAAGAAGAUGCGGAUUGCGAUUUUGUCUACGUUGACAGCUUCGCCAGCUGUGAAAGUAUGUUUCGUAAUCCAGCUCCAAGGAAGUGUAUUUGGGUGAUCGGAAUUCUGUCGUUGGUUGGAGCUGUGUUUGUUAUCGUCUGGCGGCUGGUGUUCAAGGAGAAGAAGAAGAAAAACAAGAUCCAAUCAAUUAUGUUGAUACAUUUGGCGGGGUCUGAUGGACUUAUGGGUGUCUAUCUGAUCAUUGUAGGUGUGAUGGAUGCCAUUUGGUCAGGGCAAUAUUUCUUGCAUGAUUUUGAGUGGCGAUCAAGUUUGGCAUGCCAGAUAACAGGUGCCAUUGCAGUGCUGUCGAGUGAGGUGUCAGUGAUGCUGAUUGCCAUGCUGUCUGCCGACCGGGUUAAAAAUAUUGUGUUCCCCUAUCGUGGUAGGUCCCUCUCAUGUAAAGUGACCCACAUAUUGUGCAUCGUAAUCUGGGUCAUCGGUUGCAUAAUUGCAUUUCUUCCCACGGUAGGCCUCGAUUAUUUUGGUAGCUCCCAGAAAGGUCACCAUUUCUAUGGCAGGUCAGUUGUGUGUUUGCCACUGCAGCUUUCAUCAGACAAACCGGCGGGGUGGGAGUAUUCGGUUGCCAUGUUUGUGGGCCUGAAUUGUUCCCUUGUUUUCUCUCUGGCGCAUGGCUCAGCAGGGGACCAAAAGAGAAAAGAAAGCCAGGUCAAAUGCAGCCCGUAG